AUGUUCAACAACAACCCACUCCGUGGUCGCGGCUCUAAAUCCCCGAGUCCAAUGAAUCUACCAAGCAAGAGCCGUCCCAAUACUCUGAGCAAGGUCGAUCAUGGGCGACAAACUGUGAACUCCGCCCAAGCAUUGCAGCUGGUGCUACGAAAUACCUAUACGACCUCUGGGCAUCCUCGGGUGGCAACCAUCGGAGCCAGGGUCAUGAUAUCUGGCAAAAGUUUCUACUUUGUGCCAGCACAUAUAUCCUAUCCAGAAGAAUACAUUCGAACCGAAUCGAAUUCAACGGUUGAUUUGGAGUCAAAUGAUGACGAAUACUUUUUUGAAGGUUUUGAUGGUGCGAACGAAGGCCCACCAGAUACUCGUGAGGCUGACCUUAUGAGCCGGUAUAGCUUGACUCCUGGCUCAAGCAGCCAAGAGACAGAGUGGGGUCUGAGUCAAGCCGAUGCAGCAUCAGAAUCCAAAUCUGAUGGUCUCACACCCCGGUCGAAAGACAUUAGAGAAAUGGAUGUUAUUCAUCGUCAACCCAUUCAAGGAGUGCCCCCUCUUGGUAGUCGCGAGUCAUCUUCAUUGGUUCAUUCUUUCCGAGCAGGGGUAGAAUUCGCCUACUUAAAAUCAAAAACUUUGGAUUACUCGUUGAUAGAGAUUGAAAAUAUCGACGAGUCUUCAUUGUUACUUCCUGUUUUCUCUCUUGAAAACAUCACUCGUCUGAAUUCCGACUCAGUCAAUGUCAUCUCAGCAACAGGCUCAGGGAGUAUUCUUAGUGGUGUUUUGUCCAAUCGGCGUUCUUUCAUUCGACUUCCGAACUCUACCAAAUACAGCGAGUCUCUUCAAGUUCAAUUUAAAGGUUUCCUUCAGCAAGGUGACUCGGGCUCGCUGGUCCGAGACGCAGAGACAGGAAUGAUAUACGGUCACAUCGCUGCAGGUGACACAGAAUCCCAAACUGCAAUUAUUAUUCCAGCUUUCGAUGUUUUCGGCGACAUGGCGGAAAAGUCCAAGCAUGGUUUCAUUCCGCCGCUGCCAGAAACACACGACGUAUCAGAGUUCUCUAUAUUGCGCCCAUCAUCCUUUAUUCUGAGAGAGAAUCAAAAUUUCGUUCCUGAACCGAUGGCUCCGAACAGUGAUCCGAGCACUACAACCUAUGUUCCUUCUCUGACCGACCUGACGGACUCAUCGAGCCCAACAUUCCAGCACGGGUACUCGCGACAUGAAGGUGGAUUCUUGCCCGGGUUGAAUUCGGGCAUUCAAUUCCUGCAGACCCCGACAUCCAGCUACCAUAGCCGCCAGUCGGUUGACCCAACGCAGUUUUCCAGCCAACGAAUCCCCUCAACUCCUUCCUCACAGCCAGCCGGAUUAGAUCCAAAUAUUCAAUCUACUGAAAGCCAGAGCUUCGCAUGUAAAUGGGAGGGCUGUAGAUACGCGAGGAAUUUCUCUUCGAAAUCUACCUUAUGGCGACAUAUCCAGUCACAGCAUGUUUCGCCGUCCGAAUUUGAAUGCAAGUACUGCGACAAGAGGCUUAGUCGCAGGGACAAGAUGCAACAACAUAUGAGGUUGGCACACGGCUAG